UAAUACUAAUUAGUCUUAGACUAUAUAUAGUUGUAUCAUAAUGUUAGCAUUGCGAGCUUCUUCAGUCUCAGCCGUUAAUCCAAUGGCUUUAUUUGAAGAUCAUAGCAGAGCCGUUGAUCACUUUGCAGAUUCAUUCUCCUUUUAUGAUCACAAUAAUAUCGACAUUCAAUCUCUUCUCCACCAACAACAACAAGAGAAGACAGCAGAGCUCAAUCAAUCUCCACCGUCCACAACAGCUGUCACCGGUGAUGAUCCCACGGUCAUUAAGAAGCUAUGUCACAAUGCUAGUGAACGUGACCGUAGGAAGAAAAUCAACUCUCUUUAUUCCUCUCUUCGCUCUCUUCUUCCGGCAGCUGACCAAAUGAAAAAACUAAGUAAUCCAUCCACAAUUUCAAGAACCAUAAAGUACAUACCUGAGCUUCAAAACCAAGUGAAAGGACUAAUUCAGAAAAAGGAACAUCUUUUAUUGAGAAUUUCAAGGAGAGUGGAGCAUAUUUAUGAAGAAAGCCAUAAGAAAAGCUCUUCAUCAGGUUGGAGAUCUUUGUGUAAUGUUUCAGCCAAUAGGCUUAAUGAUAGAGAAAUAGUACUACAAAUUUCCUCAUUUAAGGCUCAACAAACUCCAUUGUCCAAUAUUCUGGUUGAUCUGGAGGAAGAUGGCUUUUCGGUACUAAACGCUUCUUCUUUUGAGUCAUUUGGAGGAAGGGUCUUCUAUAACAUUCAUUUACAGGAAAAAACUUACGUGACGAGAGCAAACAAUUUGAAUGGGAAUUUUGUAUCGUAUUACUAAAUGAAUGGAGAUCACUACUUUUUAUUUUACAGUGGCGAGACCAAAUAUAUUUAUAUUAAGUAAGCAAAUUAGUUGAUUUUGUUGGUAAUGAUUCUUGUUCUCAUAUAUAUACUGUGUAAAAGUGUACGUCGGGAACCAAUAGGUAUUGACCUUAAUUUAGAUGUCUUGGAUCUCAAAAUGAAUUGAUUUAUCUCACUGAUCUUACUUGAGAUUUGAGAUAUUGUCAACUUAUAUUUGUAGAUUAUUUAGUAAGAGAAAUUUGAUUUUUUUUUUCCUUCUA